AUGACAUGUAUAGACUGAACGAUUACAGCGACUGGGAAGCUGUACAACGCGCCGGCCAAGUACCCACCGAUGUAUCCUCAAUUUCAUCAGAUGAAUUUCCUUCCCCGAAGAAGAAAAAGCACAAAAGGAAUAAAAAAGGCAAAUGUAAGCGUCUGCAACAGCGAGCUCAUCGUUGCGCGCAUCAGCGCCAAAAGCAUUGUAAAAGUCAAUCGCAUGGGGAGAAGCGUCACCACCAUCGUAGAGAACGUUUGCUAAAUCCCUACUAUCAGAAUCGUGGCAUUGAAACAAUAUCUCUUGACACAACCGAUAAUAGUGAAUAUGAAAAAGACAACUAUUCAAUAGCUACCAUGGAUAUUGAGAGCGCAGAUGAGAACGACGGUAAUUUAACGCUGCCUUUGAGUCGUGAGGAACUGCGAUUGGCUUUGGGACGCGGUGUAGCAGAAAGAAAAAAUAAUAUUUGCUCAUUAAAAGAACGCUUACAGCCGGAUAAGUAUGCGGAAGUAAUCAUUGAAGAAAAAGUACAAACGCUUGAAGAAUCCACACCGUAUUCAAAUGACGCAGACAAUGUGGUCGAACUCAAUAGUGACGAUUCGAUGUCAAUUGAAGAGCAGGAGUUGCGUUUGAUUGCACUGCGUUCGGCGAUAAUGAAAAAACAUGCGACACGCAAAAAACGCAACGCCGAGAUUGCCUAUUCCCCUACAGAUUUUGAUGAUCUACUGGCUGAGCCAGUUAGCCCAGUCGCCUCCGAUAUCGAAGAGUUGGAGGGUGAUAUGGAAAUAAGUCCGGCUAGCUCGCCAAAUUUAAUACUCAGUCCUAUACACUGCGACGAUGAACAAAAUAGCAACAUAAGCCUGGAGACAAUAGAGCAUCAGGUUGAUAAUAAACCUGUCGAUAUGGAUAUUGCAUGCAGCGAUAGCGAACGGGAGGAGAGCACGUCGAAUGUUGUCGACGCAGAUGGUAUAUAUUCACAGCAUACGCACGACAUACCGCUGCCGCCAGGUAGUGCGCCUUUGGAAGGUAUGGGCAUACCAAUACCAUACGAUUACCAUAAUCACGCCAAAUCCAUGCCCUUCGAUAUGUACAUGCCGCCAAUGCAUUUCGGCACACAAAUCGAUAUGCCACCGACGAUGAUACCGAUGCCAACGAUGCCGCAGUUCCCAAUGUCCGAGGUAGUUCAGACAGCAGUUGCCGGUGACGCGCUGGAAAAUUGUAUUAAAAAUGAAGUGUUAAAUGGACAACGUAGAAUGAGCGCCUCACCGAAAUCGGCCAGCAUGGAUAUAAUACCCGAAGAUACACAAGAUCAACCGGAGGAGUGUAGUGAUGAAGAGGAGGCGGAAGCUUUACGCGCAUUGUUGCUAUCCCAACGACAAGCUGCAAAAACAGCAAAAUCGAACGGCCAGCUGCGUGUCAGAAAGCCUUCACCAACUGCCGACACGCCACCACAAAUUGCAACAGCGCAUGCCAAAGAAAUGGAGAGCAUCAUUAAGCCACAUCCACAGCAGCCUUCGACUCUACCGGGCGAACACAAUGAGACUAGCGUUAAAUCUAAGCCAACCGAGUCAAUUUUAAAGGAAGCCGUACGGCGCUUGAAAGUAAAAUCAGUUGUUCAUUGUGAGGAUGAGCAGACGCAUAGUGAAACACAACCUCAGGCCCAUGCGCCACGUUUGAAAAUAAGAGCGUUUGCGCGUUGCAAGGAAUAUGAAGAAGAACAGGUCGUAGAUGCGCAACCAGCAGACUGUGCUGGUUACCAUAAAUCAGCGUUUGCGAUGCAUGCAGGUCAAGUCAAUGGCAUAAAUUUCGACCAUAUGCUGCAGGAAGAGAGCAGAAGCAGCUUCGGCAGCACUUUGCGCAGAAACACGCCAGAAAUAUUAGACAUGCACACGAACUCGAGCGAGAGUGCUGCAAUAUUGCUGGCGACGAAACGACGUUUGGAAAAGGAGGCACCUAUGGGGCGUACGCUACGCACUAUUGAACUGAAGCAAAGUGUGGAGAACUACAGUCAGCACUCGGCCGAAGAUAUUAAUAGCGAAGCAUUGGAGAAAAAUAAAACACAUCCCAGCUAUGAAUCGCAAGCUAAGAAGGCCAAAACAACAACUGAGCAAACGGGGCCGACUGAUGCGACAAGCUUGCAUUUGAAGGAGCGCGCUCCACCAAAUAACGUUACAAGGGAAAAUGAUGCCAAUGCUAGUGGUGAGAAGGAAAACAAAGAAGUUUCGUCAGCGACAGCAAGUGUAAAUGAAAGCGCCACAAAUGCUGCCGUCAAAGCAAAGCUGCUUACCAAGGCUGCUGCAAAAAUCACCAAAAUUCCAGACAGGCGUAAAGCCGGUGCCUUAACAGCGACGGCGACGCAAGCAGCAGCUGCAGGGAAAGCACCUACCGCGGCGCCAGCAAAACAGCCAGCGUCCAAAACUGUGCCUACCAGAAUCAGCACACCACCGGCAGCAACGGCGAAAGUGCUGAAACCAGCGGCGCAACAGCUUAAAAUUGUCAAGCCAAACAAAGUGAUCAACAAAAGUUUGGAAACAAGUGAAGAAUCCGUCGGCACACUAAAAAAGAAAGUCGACGCUGCCACCAACCAAUCACGCAUUCUAACAUCGACAACUCUGCCAAAUAUUAAGGUGAAGAAGCUAAUCAUACGCGUUGGCCAUUCUGAUUCCUCAUCGGAGGAUGAGGAGAUUUUACGCAAUCACACAUUGGAACGUUGCAUAGGUUUGGCGUGUGUGCGCACGGCCACACCAGACUCGCUGACUGGCGUCCUCAAUGAAAACGUUUACGGUGGCAAGGAAGCAAUUACAAAGCAGAAUUUGUCUACAGAGCAGGCAGCUGAGACACGCUCCCUGGCCAACGAUGGCAUGUCAAAUGCAUCAGCAGCUAAAGAAAACAACGUUGGGGAGUCGUUCGAAAAGAAGUUGGAAAAUUUUCUAAAAAAUAUGCGUUCUCAAGCGACGCAAAAGAGUGGCACCCCGAGCGCUGAACAACCGCGGCUUCGUAAGUUAAGUGCGGCCAGUGCACAGACGACCAAAGGCACACCAACGGCCGUACGCAGUCUACCGAUCGCCUCUCAGGAGGAAUACAAACGCCUCGUGAAUCGCAUGAAGAUUUUGGAGAAACAAAAGCAUUUGAAGAAAAUGCAAAAGAGUCUACUUGAGGAUGUGGAGAAGUGCACGAAAAGUAAGCAGAAUACGGCAAAACGCAUGCAGAAGCCAAAUCAAGCGCAAGGGCUUGCCGGUCUUACUGCUAGCACAGCCACACAAACGUCUACCGAUGCGUCGACCGUGGCGAAUGAAAUGCUGACAUCAACAGUUGAAAGUGGCACACAGCAGCAGCAGCAGCAGCAAGAGCCUGAUUGCGAACAUCAACAUUCCAAGAAAUCACCAACAGCAAAUAGUCUUGAAACAGCCGGCACGCCUGGGAAGACUACUCAAGCAGCUCCCAAAAACGAGCGGGUGUUGACCGAAAGACUAUAUUCCUGCGAAAAAAUUUUGACCAGCGUUAGCAAUAAUAUUCUUACCAGACUGGAUAAAUCGCUCCAUUUGGUCAACGAAGCAAAGGCGGCAAAAAUUGCUAAGAUGCGCCAUGAGCAGCGACUGAAAGAGCUGCGGCUCGAAAUGGAGCAAACACAGAGAAAAAUGAAAGAAGAACAAGUAAAAAUAUCGCGUAUACACCCGGAGAUAUGCGCCAACAAUGAAAUGAUUACGAAGCUUAAGCAAAAACGCGCAAGAGUUCUCGAUAUGGCUGUGAAGUUGGGCAAGAGCGUUAAGGGCGAUGACUAUAGAUUAAAUAAUGAUUCAAAAAAUGAAAUAACGCGUAAAACAAAAGGAUUGGCAACACAUAUAAAACUUGUUAAUUCAAUAAGAUAUUGUGAUCUAGAUGUAUUAGAAAAGGAAGCCACCGCUUUGCCAGUCAACAGUAGCGAUAAAGAUACAAACGAAGCGCCUACGUCUAAUAGUCAACAGUCGCAUGCGGCUAAUAAUGAGCAUAAGGCGCCAAGCACUAACGUUGCUAAAGAGUCUGAAAACAUUGAAGAAGCUGUGAUCGCCUCGCCAAGAAGAGAAGCUUGUGAGCCAGAAAGUGACAACUGCACACAUACCCAAAAUACUACGCCAAUUAUGUGUGAUCAGAUCGUAGAUGGCCAAGUGAAUGCUCAGGAUUUAAACAAAAAUUGUGAUAAAGCCAAUGAGAAGGUGCCGCCGACAGCGUGUGUGGAAGCGUGUGUUGAGGAGUUGCCGGCGCCGAUGUGUGAUAGCGGCAAAGAAGUGGUGCGCAUAGAGGACAACAAGCCUGAACAAGUAGACAAUGUGAAAGCAGCAGGCGACCAAGUAGUGUCGACAGCCCGUUCAGUGCGCGAUUAUGUUUCUCCACUAGAGCAUUUAAGAAACGAAAGUGGGAAAUGGAAUCCAAACGAUAUUAUAUGUCCAUAUGAGUUGAUGGGUCAAUGCGAGGAUAAGGAUUGCAGUUAUAGACAUUUGACCGACAAAUGAGUCAUAAUCACAUUGGAACAACGCAGCCAAAGCAUUUUUUCUAGCAUGUCAGCACGCUUCUGUGUCAUAACAUUUCGCUUUGUUCAAACGACUUAAACUUGGCGUACCGUAUACAUUUUGCCUAGGUAAGUUGAAACAAACUCAAUUUAGAUUUAUACACAAACGUGUAGCGCCGCGCCCACUUAACUCUAUCCUAUACCACUCGUACAUGUAUCAAUCUGUUUUUAUUUUUUGUUGUGAUAAAAGCGUUUGGUUUUUAUUUGAGUUGGUUGUGGCAUAAAGUUUGUGCUUGAAAUGCAGCACUGAAGUCUGUGGAAACUACAUCCAUAUUGAGCUUGAGUAUCAAAAAGCUGACAAAAAAUCUAAUACUUUGAACUAAUUGUAUUAAACAAUAAAUAAAAAGUUAUUCAGAUCGAAGUAAUUAUUAAUUAUACAUAUAUUAUUUGUAUGCGUGAAUAACGUUUCUUUUUUUUAACUUUUUCGAAAAUUAUAAGGUGCCAUAUAAAAGGUGAAUACUUAUAAAGGAGCCUUUGCUGUAUUUUAGCAAACUCGCCACAUUUUUUUGGUUUUUUUGUAAAAAUUAAAAAUUAAAUUACAACUUAAGAAAAAAAUAUGAA